AUGACUUGGAUGCCCCGUAUCAAUCUGCUGCGUCUAGACUCACGGCGUUCGUCCCGUCGCACUCCCUCCAGUACCUGUAACCACAGCCGUGAUUGUUCAGAUGCCGAAGAUGAGAAAUCUUCUUAUAGCGGUUUGUCCCGUCCAACAAGCCCUUCAAAUUUCAGUCUAUCCAGUGGCGGGAACCCAACAAGACUUCAUGGCGGUAGCGCCAGUACAUAUUACGGAGUUUUCAGCGCAAACUCACUGGUUGAAAACUUGCCUUUUGCAGAUGCUGUAGACCCUCGCUUUUACCGGGGGAUCCGCACUGCUGCACCUACGGACGACGAUUUCGAGGUGGCUCAGAGACAGCAGACCUCCAACCUGGCGCGCAUUGGCCAGCUUCAGAACUCGCUCGAAAACCCCAAUUUGUCUUCAAAUGUGCGUCGUGUGUUGGAAGCUGCACUCCAUCAAUUCGAAAGAACUGAGCAGUUGGACAAAGAAUUGCUUCCGCCAUACACUGAAGACGUUCGCCCCCCAUACACGGAGUAA